UUGCUGUGUUGCUCUGGGAAUCUUCCCUCUGGUGCUCCUACCAGUCACCAACACUCCCAAGUUGUUUCUCACUUCUCCUGUCAUCAUUGCAGAUAGGUUCUCCCCUUCUCUUUUCAGCCUAAUCCCCAGCAAAUGUUUGGCCAGCAAAUGUUUGGCCACCAAGCCACUCCACCUGCCCCUCAGGUCUUUCUUCUUCCCUGGGCCUCUUUCUUUUGCUGUCUUCUUCUAGAUGACUUGUUGAACACCAACAUCUCCAACCAACUAAUCUGCUGACCAGCAUCCAGUCAUAUAUACCAUUCUUCUAGCCCUUCUAGUCCAGCCCCAGCCAAUCGUGCUAACUGAAAAUUCUAAAUCUGCACUUACCAAUCAAAAUACUUUCCAUCUGUCUUUGGCAUAUUGAGAAUUCUAAAUACUGACCCUUCCACCCAGCUGUUAGUUAAGGCCCCACACAACAGUUAAACUAACUUUCACUGGACAAGACAGAAAGGGAUUGGGCUCGUGGGAGUUGUAGUUCAAAAAAGUAACUUUUCCAAGCUUUGGUGGUGGUGAUGAAAUGCCUUGUGCUACCCUUUUACUACAGUAAAUUUGUUAUUACUAGUUAAUAUACAUUUGCCAUUUAUGAAGGAGUUGGAGUCAGUACAUUUCUACCGACUCCACCCAAAAUUACUCCACGACUCCGACUCCACAGCCCUUCUUGACAAUGGAUGAAAAGCUGCAAAAGAAUGAACACAUAAGAACAAUUACAUUUACACCACCAUUGUACAAACAACGCUACCAGUUUAUUAAACAGUUAGUGAGUAAAUAUAAACCUAAAAAGGUGGCAGAUUUGGGAUGUGCUGAGUGCAGACUACUCUGGAUGUUGAAAUUCUGCAGCUGCAUUGAAGUGCUUGUUGGACUAGAUAUCAAUGAAGAUGUGAUGAAGGAGAAAAUGCAUACACUGUCUCCCCUUCCUGGUGAUUAUCUCCAACCAAGUGAAAGAUGUCUGACAGUUGCCCUCUAUCAGGGUUCAAUUGCUCAUAAAGACCCUUGUAUGCUGGGCUUUGACAUGAUAACAUGCGUUGAAGUAAUAGAACACCUGGAGGCAAAAGAGUUAGAAAAAUUUCCAGAAGUGGUGUUUGGUUUUAUGUCUCCAGGCAGGAUCAUAAUUAGCACACCAAAUUCAGAAUUUAAUUCUUUUCUGCCAACUGUAACGUUAUUCAGACACCCAGAUCAUAAAUUUGAAUGGAAUCGUGCACAAUUUCAGAACUGGGCCCAAGAUGCUGCUGCUCGUUAUGAUUAUACAGUUGAGUUUACUGGAUUAGGAGCCCCACCUUCUGGAAACGAUGUUGGAUUUUGUACACAAAUAGGUGUGUUUGUAAGAAAAUACCUAAAGAAUGAUGGACCUGUAAAAUUUGAGAAAGACAAGGAACAUGUUUAUAAAACUGUUUUCAAAGCUGUAUAUCCAAGCCUUAAAGAUGAAAAGUACUUGCAGAAUGCAGUGGUCAAUGAAGUUGUUCGGACAGCACAAAUAAUUGUAAGGAGACUAUUGGACCAUAGAAAAUCUGAAUAUAAAAAAUGCUCUGAAUCAGUUGAAACAGAACCCAGAUUCCAGCCACCUCGCCGUUGCUUUAGGUAUUUGGAGUACCCACCUUUAACCAAAGCAGACAGUAAAGGUAUGCAGCCUUUUAUUAAUGGAAAUACUGUCUACAUACCUCUUGCAAACAUUUUCUCUUUUCCUAAAGUGAAUCAGCUAUGUGGGACCUUUGAAACUCUAUGCAAACUCAUAACUGGCAAAGUUGCACUCAGCAGUGAUGGAUCUGCAGUGCUGAUGGAUGCUGAAUAUGAAAAUGAAGAGCAGAAUUAGCAAAUGCUUUUAAAAAUAACUUGUUCUUGAGGAGUUUAAUGAGUAGUUGCUGGAUUAAAAAAACAGAUUGGACUGGAUACUUCAGCUGGAUGUAAUCUGUGUUAAAAGGGCUAAAAUAGUCCUACCUAAUUUUGAUUGAGAAACAGUUUUCUUUGAAUGUAUGUAUGAAAACAGAAAAAUAUGUAAGGUGCCUUUUGGUACUGAAAGGAAUAUAUGGCAAUUCUACAGAUGUUCAGUGGUAUCAGUGUACUAUACGGUGUACAAAUACAUUUUUCAGUGUCUUAAUAGUACAAUUUUAGUUAAAAACUAAAUUAGUGUGUGCUUAAAGUAAUACCAGGUAUAAUACACUGUGUUUAAAAAGUUCUCUUUGGAAGCAGUUACACUGCUGUUCUGUACAGAGGCAGGUUUGUAGAUGCUUUCUAGUAACGACUGCUUCCACUUUAGAAUCUCUAAAUAAGAUUGUCAUAAAUAUAUCGCUUGCUAAACAGUAUGGGAAAAAUACUUUCGCUUCAAUUCAUCAUAAACUUAUUUUAACAUCUGAAAGCAUGAGCACUACCUUGGAGCUGUGACAAGUUUUGAUGGUAGAGAAAAGCAGCUGGAAUUCUUUCCUACCAUUAUAAUGGUUUGAACAAGGAGUAAGGGUUGACCUCCUUGUUUAAUUCUGGCCCGUUUCAGGUUAUGUGCAAGAUGGCAAAGACUAUACAUUCAUAAGGCUUGCUGCUCCAUCUGGCACUAUUGAGAACUCCUAUGUUGCAGGAUAUCAUUCUUAUUUGAAACCUGAAGUAAUUGAAGUCACUCUUUCCCUUGUAUGAUUAAA